CCGAAGCAGUUCACGUUUUUAGCUGGUGUUCAUGUGGCUGCACUGCACUGAGCACCUGCACCUCGUCCUAAAAACCAAUGGCAAUAUCCAGUCAGUACUGACAGUAGUUCCUUGUGCAACUAACUUCCUGUUUUGGCAUAAUUGCAUUGACCCGGUGUGGAUAUGGACAAACGCUAGACGGGCUGCUUCUGCUCGUAUUCAUGAACCCGGUUAUAGCCGUGGCUCACCAUUGUUCAUCUAAUAUCUAUCUUGUGUAUUUCUUUCCAGGUGCAUCUUCAAAAUUCUCAGGAAAUCCCUAUCGCAAGGACAAGAACAAUACUCGGAAGCCAUUGUCCCAGAAGUCCCCAGUUCAAUACAAGUCAUUGUAUCGUAUUUUCGUGGUUCAGGCUGCACCUAAUGCAGGGAGACCAGUGCAGGUCGAACCGUGCUGCUCCUGCUGCAGCUGUUACACACAACGAAGCUGGUCGGAGUGACAAGGUGCUUCCCGUGUUUCGCUUGUUUGUGAGGUGCAGGCGAGCUGGCAUGUAUUCCGUUCCUGAUGUUCUUCCCCACCCGGACACCCAGGCCACAGCCAAGUCGCACUAUCGUAUGUCGACCCCCACAUUGGGUCUGAACAUCUGGAGAGAUUCCGAGCCAUGACGGCUAACAAGAGGUCGCAUAGCGAGCAGCAACGCUUCUCACCUCGUUUUUUAGCUCCAUGCAGGCGCUAGGCGGCCACGUAUUGCUCGCUGCUACCGAGCGGCCAGGCAUGAGUGAAGCUCCGUCCGCCGCAGACCCAAUUGUCUUCGGCCAUCAGCCAGCUACCGCCGUGUAUACUAUGUACAGCCGUGGAUUGUGGCCAGAGAGAUGCACGGCACGGAUCUAAACGCUUUGAGGCCAGGAAGAAGAUUUCAAUAUAAAACUCCACUUGUCCGAACAAGGAAGAAAGUGCUGUUGUUCUCCGUCAAGCUCCGUCGACAUCUUCUCAAGCAGCCCGCAAUGCUGAAAACAUGGAUUUCAGUUCUGCUGGGGUGUCUGGCAGCUCUUUCCAUAGCAGGCGCCUACAAUAUCGACUCGGAGCCCAGUCGUGUCUUCAGCACGUCUUCCGACUCGGAAUUCGGCUCAUCUGUCUCCUUUCACGGCUAUGGAUCUGAGCGAUACUUGUUAGUGGGUGCACCUUCCGCAUCGUAUACUCUGCCCAACAGCGAAGAACUGAACACCACAGAAUAUCCGCACAAGACAGGCGUGUUGUACAGAUGUGCACUAUCUGUAUCAGCAUCGGCAGCAGUUGAGGCCGGGACUGUCUCUGAGUGCGUACAACUACCCGUUGACACCACAGGUGAGAAACCUAUGGACAGUGAUGGACUACAGGAGGUGAAGUCCAACAUGAGAUUGGGUGAAAGUGUUCUAAGCCUCGGUCCCAACCAGCCAGUCAUCGUCUGUGCCAGUCACUAUGGCUGGACUUCACCAUGUUUAAGACCAUCCAUACCUGAAUGUGGUGUGUAUGAGCAGUUCACACCCUGCAAUCCCGGCAGCAAUCACAGACUGUAUGACCCAACCGGCAAGUGUAUACUACUCCCUUCCAACCUGUCUAGUCUUGGACAACACACCACCACUAGCAGGAAAAGCACAACGACCAUUGCACCUGCGAAGUCAGCCAGGCUUGUCGGGCACGAUAGGACGUUGUUUGCAUGGCGUGCAUUGUUCCAUGCAGUAACUGAUAGCAAAUUCACAGGCUACCUGUGCAACGGGUGGGGUGGUUUGAUGGGAAGCAUGACUGGAAUGGCAUUGGCUGCAACCCCGAUGAAUGUGUCGGAGCGUUUUCCCAUGUCACGGAUUGCGAUGGGAGGUCCAGCUACUUUCCAAGGCUCUGGUUUAUUCUGGACAUUUGAUGUCCAGCUGCCUUCAUCAGCAACAGAGCCAGCGACUUUGAGUUCUUCGUCGCCACCUGAAGUGAAAAACCUGAGAUGGCAUGGUGUGGAGAGUGCAGCCGGGGAACACAGCACAAUGACAUCAUAUGCCAUUGCACACGGGGAUUUCGACGGUGAUGGAAACCUCGAAAUAGCUGCUAGUCAACCAGGCCGCCUGUACACCGGUAGUGAGGAUGAGCGUAGCUUGAUCAGCUCGACGGUGGUGAUCAUGAAUGGAGGCAGAAAACGCCUGGUGGGGCUUGCAAUUUAUUUACGCCGUGACCGGCCAAUCCUAUCUAGCAUUGUCGGAGAGCAGUUUGGAGAAUUCUUCGGCUGCUCCUGCAUUUCGGUGGACUCCAAUAAUGAUGGAAUUUCUGAGCUGUUAGUGGGUGCGCCAUACUGGGUGGAUACUGCCAGAGCUGGGGAGAGCAACGCGUAUGACUUCGGACGCGUCUAUUUCUAUUCGUCGAACUUGACUAAGAGUGUUGUGGAUACCAAGAAGAUGAAAUCAAGAAGCAAGAAGGAGACUGGCUAUUCGCAUCUUCGCCGAGCAGAUAAGGUAUUCAAUGGUGAUCCGGCAUCUCGCUUUGGUUGGUCCUUGGCAUCAGUAGGUGAUGUGGAUGGGGACGGGUACCCAGAUGUAGCCAUCGGAGCUCCUGGUGAGACAGUACAUGGUGUGUUUGGAGUAGGUGCGGUGUACCUCUAUCUCGGAUCAGCUAAUGGUUUAGAACAGAAAGCUGCACAGCGUAUUGUACCAACAACUACGGCAACCAGAUCAUUUGGAUACUCGCUAUCCUAUGGAUGGGAUAUUGACUCCAAUGGUUAUAACGAUGUAGCCGUCGGUGCGUCUCACAGCUCCCAAGCAUAUGUAUUCUUGUCCAGACCAGUAGUGUCCAUCUCGAUGGACAUGAGAAUUGUACGACUCCACGGGCCACAUUGCAGCAGCAGCAGCAGCAGCAGCAGUGCUACAGGCAGAAGCUCUGACCCAGCGCUUGGAAUGAACACCUGCAUUGUGGCGGAAGUGUGUGCUCGAAAUUUGAGAAGGCCCCAGAAGACCCCGAUUGGUAUUGACUUCACUCUAUCAAUAGACAAAGCAUGGCUGAUAUGGGCGGAUGUUGGUCACAACUCAACAGCUGGAGGCGUCUUGGCUGGACACGUGACUAUCCAGUAUGCAAGAAGUUGGUCUUGUGUUCGCCAUCAUCUUGCUAUCCAUGUAGACUAUUUGGAUCUCUGUAAUCCAGCAAGUAUAACUCUUACUGACUGGAGCCUUAGCAACAGGCCCAUAUCAGCACGAGGCAUUCCGGCACAUCGGCUUGCUCCACUGCUGGUCAGGAAUCAUCCUCAAUUGACACCACUCACCUUACAGGUGGAUGCUGUUCCAGAAUGUGUGGCUUGCACUGGACAAUACAUGACUGGUUACCUAUCAAUACACAGCACCAGCAGCAGCAGCAGGUCAAUACACCGAUGUGAUGAGACAACUAAUGGCUCUCAAUGGUCUGCUGCAAGUAGAAUGGCAGCAGCGUUGCCACACUGCUCAGAACUACACAGUGGAGAUGGUCACCAGCAAAACCAUCUGAUACUGUUCUCCUCCGCUAACUCCCCAGUGAACUGGAUGUGUUCGCAGUAUGGCCGUUUAACAAUGCACUGUCCAAAGUGCAAUGCUGCGAGUAAUGCUGAUGAUACAGGUGCAAGCCAUGCACAGGGUAGAGCCCAUUCUCAGAAGAAUCAGUACAAACUACCUCGGACACCGGAAGUGCGUUGGCACCCAUUGGCGGGUAACUCAAGAAUACUGUUGAAGGGCAAUGGGACGUGUGACUCCUUAGAUCCACCACUACCCAUCGUCCACUGGGGUCCAGAAAUUUCUCGGGAAGUUAAAGUCAACUGGCAAUUGCCUUUCUCUACAGCAGACACAACAGACAAAGGAGCAUCGAUGGACAUACAUGCAACCAGUUCCCAAGUUCCUUUACUAGCAACAAUACGGCUGCAGAACCCGACGUUGAAGAAUAUCUCCAGGACGCACAUUGUGAUCCAUUACCCAGUGGAUGCGGUGCAUAAUGCCACCAAAUACCCGCUAUACAUACUGAGUGCUAUUCAUGCAAGUGCAAAGCACAUCGUUUGCAAUUCUUCAACUCUAAUGGGAUUGACUGAGAUGUUGGACAACCAGAUCGUCCUCAAGCCAUCUUCCCCUUAUUACAAUGUCCAACAUAGUACCAGCACCACUACCACCAGCAGCAGCAGCAGCAGCAGCAGCAGAGGCGAGAACACCGUUGGUGGCAGCUUGCCACUCUUUGACACACGGCAUGAAUCGCAGAAUGCUGAAAUCUACAAGAAUUGCACAAGUGUCGCUGGAUCUCCACUGUGCUAUGCUGCGAUUCACUGUGCUGUGCCGUCGAUCAAAGCCAAGUCCGUCGUUGAACUGCGAGUACAUUGGAAUGUUCAAAAGCAAUCACUGCUCAUGCUGCCCAAGUCCGAAAAUAGUAGUAUAGAUUUGAUCGUCUCCAUGGGAACGAAAACGGCUAGGAAGACAGACGAUAUGUGGACGUAUUCUGAGAGAUCAACACACUUUGUGCUAGUACAGUCACCACCAGCACAGCAGCUGGAGGUCAUGAUCAUCAUCGGAACAAUCUUCCUGGAGACAUUCCUCAUUGUUGUCGGCUUCCUAUUUCUGUCUUGGCGUGGAUUUUUCAACUCAAAAACCUAUGACGAGAUGAAGAAGAGACAGCCCCUCUCUAACCCGCAAGACGACUACAUUUCACAACAAGAUCAGCGCGAGGCUUCACAACACGGCACAGCUUUGACCAAAGACAAGCUACCGCUGCCAUCACCGGCUCAGAGAUGUAUUCACGAGAUGAGACCAAGAAUGCAGUGUUUGCCAGCUAAACACAAUGGGACAUCAUCGAUGAACAGCAUACUAGGAGAUUCGCGCAGGUCCACUCCUGUGGGUUAUCCCAUUACUGAAGAAACAACCUUAGCUGAAGAUAUCUUGUAUUCGGAGUGCAUGCCGAGACAACAUCGUCACCACAUCAUACACUCCGCCAGCAAGGAGGUGGCCCAAGCCAGCCGUGAUGUCAACACUGGUGUUUGCGCGGUCUCUGUCACUGCUUCCAUUGCAAUCCGUGCUGCUGUUCUCAAUGCUACUGACAGUCAGCAUGCUGCUGCUGCAGUGCAUGGAAGCAGCCCACGCCAAGCUAUCACUCCAUUCUCUAAAUCACCGACUAGCCCACGCCAAGCUAUCACUCCAUUCUCUAAAUCACCGAUUAGCCCACGCCAAGCUAUCACUCCAUUCUCUAAAUCACCGAUUAGUCAACGCCAAGCUAUCACUCCAUUCUCUAAAUCACCGAUUAGCCCACGGCAAGCUAUCACUCCAUUCUCUAAAUCACCGAUUAGUCAACGCCAAGCUAUCACUCCAUUCUCUAAAUCACCGAUUAGUCAACGCCAAGCUAUCACUCCAUUAUCUAAAUCACCGAUUAGUCAACGCCAAGCUAUCACUCCAUUCUCUAAAUCACCGAUUAGUCAACGCCAAGCUAUCACUCCAUUCUCUAAAUCACCGAUUAGCCAACGAGAUGCUCAACUGAACUCUCUACAGCAGCAGCAUCAUGUACCACCAGUGAGCUCUGCCCAACAUCCUGUCACAUCAUCCGAACAAAGCAGUACUUCGGCAGCUAGUACUGAUCGGGAAUCAGUUUGAAGUACUGGCAUGUUAAAUGCCCAUGGUUGGUAGAGAUGAUGGAACCUUUGCUCUACAAUAACAUCCUUAUGGGGCUUUUGCUGUUCAAUAACAUUCUUCUGGGACUUCUGUUGUGCAAGAACAUCCUUGCAAAUGAGCCUCCAGAUCCAUGACAGGUGGUUUAAGGCUUUAAGCCUUUUUUGAACUGUUAACUGCCAACAUUCCUGCAAUCCAGCCAAUAACUGAGUAAAAAACGUCAGUAGCUCUGGCUGCUACAAAAUGGGCUUUUCUCUACAUUGCAUCAAAACAAUACAUGAACCACCUUCUUUUUUUUGGAUCUGGAGGCUCAAACAGAAACUCGAUGCAUUUCGUUCGUUCUUUUAUAAUAUCUUUGUCAAACUUUCGUUACUUAAGCCAUAUCAAGAUUAAAUUUUUAUCAAUACACCAUGCAUGAGCAAGCAGCAACAACGCUCACAGAUACACAGAUACAUUCAAAAAU